CAAAUAAAUUAUAAUGUGGCUAAAACUGGUGCAAAAUUUAAUUAUUCAAUUUCUAUGAUAUGCCAGGGCCGGAUGUGAGAGCCGAAGACAAUGUUCAUGGCGAGAUGUCUUCAGGGCCCACGGCUACCGUUCACAGUGGCGUUGAAGCUAAAUCUGAUAGAAAACUAACCGUACUGGAAACUCAUGGAUAUAUUUUAGGGAGAACUAUAGGUUCCGGUUCUUAUGCCACAGUUAAGGUAGCGACGAGCGAUCGCCAUAGCUGUCAAGUGGCAAUAAAAAUAAUAAGUAAGUUUCAAGCACCCGGUGACUACCUGAAGAAGUUUCUACCGAGAGAGAUAGAAGUUGUCAAAGGACUGAAGCAUGAAAACUUAAUACGCUUCCUGCAGGCUAUCGAAACCACUCAUAGAGUAUACAUUGUUAUGGAAUAUGCCGAGAACGGCAGCCUGCUCGAUAUUAUUCGCAAAGACCAGUACAUAGAUGAAUCGCGUGGUCGUCGUUGGUUCAAGCAGCUUGUCGAGGCGGUAGACUAUUGCCAUGAAAGAGGGGUUGUCCAUCGAGAUAUAAAGUGCGAAAACUUACUGAUGGAUCAUGGUCUGAACAUAAAGCUAUCUGACUUUGGAUUUGCAAGAGGUCAUAUGAAGCCAAAGAAUGGAGUUUUCUCACUAAGCGAAACCUUUUGCGGAAGCUAUGCCUACGCGUCUCCAGAAAUAUUGAAAGGAGUUCCCUAUAGACCACAGGAUUCCGAUAUUUGGAGCAUGGGCGUAGUACUUUACGCAAUCGUUUAUGGGCGACUGCCGUUUGAUGAUACAAAUUACACCCAAUUGUUGAAGCAAGUCCAGAACAAAGUGUCCUUUCCCCGCGAACCCAAAGUGUCAGCUGACUGUCGGAAGCUAAUCAUUAAAAUCUUGGCCCCUCUAAAAAUGCGUGCCAGAAUACCGCAGAUACUGGCUGACUCUUGGCUUAACCCCAGCCCACCAACGAAAGACGAAAACUUGGAUGCCAAUCCGGAUAAAGCUCAAGCUAGCAAAGAGGAAAUAAAAAGCGUAAACAUUGGAACUGUAACAUUUGACAGGAAAUUGGAGGAAGUUAAAUAAAAGACUUAAAUAUUUUACAUAAUAAUAGCAAAACUGAAUACACAAAAAAAUCGUUAAAAUCUUGUACCGUGCAAUAAAUAUUUGACCCAAUGUA